UGUCUGCAGGAGCACGGUCUACACCAUCACCACCACCAACUUCAGUCUGAGCUGCCCGGGCAGAGUAGACGCCUGUCCGGAUGGAGGGCAAACCGUACACCUGAUUUUUAUCAUUAUCCGUACCUUCGCGGCAUGAACGACAUUUGGGAAUGUAGAUAUUUGCAUUAAUUUUUUUUUUUACAAGAAAGGGGCUCAAGAUGAGAGUGUUAUUCCAGCGAUGUGAUUAUGUUACCAUUAUGUUACUGCAUAGACAGUCAGCGUGAUUUGCUAUGGUGAUACUACAAGCUAACCUCAAGCUAGCAGAGGGAUUGUUUUGGGAGAUACCUUUUUGAAAAACUCAUACGCUGACACAUGAAUUAGAGACUUUUUGUGAAUUUUCAUCAAGCUGGAACACAAAGGGGAAUGUCUAACCAAGGAGUUAGGAGAAAUGGCCCAGUAAAGCUGCGGUUGACAGUCCUGUGUGCGAAGAACCUGGCAAAGAAAGACUUCUUCCGGUUGCCAGAUCCCUUUGCCAAAGUGGUGGUUGAUGGUUCAGGACAAUGCCACUCUACAGAUACUGUGAGAAAUACGCUGGACCCAAAGUGGAAUCAACAUUAUGAUCUAUACAUUGGAAAAGCAGACUCCAUCACCAUCAGUGUAUGGAACCACAAGAAGAUACACAAAAAGCAGGGCGCAGGUUUCCUGGGCUGUGUCCGCCUCCUGUCCAAUGCCAUCAACAGACUCAAAGACACUGGCUAUCAGAGACUGGACCUGAAUAAGCUGGGCCCCAAUGACAAUGAUACUGUGAGAGGACAGAUAGUAGUAAGUCUUCAGUCCAGGGAUCGCAUCGGGACAGGAGGGCCAGUGGUGGACUGCAGUCGUCUGUUUGACAAUGAUUUACCUGACGGCUGGGAAGAGAGGAGGACAGCUUCUGGAAGGAUACAGUAUCUGAACCACAUCACACGCACCACGCAAUGGGAGAGACCUACCAGGCCAGCGUCAGAGUACUCCAGCCCAUCAGGGCGUCCGCUGAGCUGCGUGGUGGACGAGAACACGCCAGUGAUGACACCUGUUAAUGGGGCCGAGGCAAGCGGCCCGCCGGGAGAACAUCGGAUCCAGGAGAGGCGGGUGCGAUCGCAGCGGCAUCGUAACUACAUGAGUCGGACACACCUUCAUACACCGCCUGACCUUCCUGAGGGUUAUGAGCAAAGAACAACUCAGCAGGGCCAGGUCUACUUCCUCCACACACAGACUGGAGUCAGCACCUGGCAUGACCCACGGGUACCCAGGGACCUAAGCAAUGUGAACUGUGAGGAGCUUGGCCCACUGCCACCAGGCUGGGAGAUCAGAAACACCGCCACUGGCCGCGUCUACUUUGUCGACCACAACAAUCGAACAACACAGUUCACAGACCCGCGGCUGUCUGCUAACCUGCAUCUAGUACUCAACAGCCCAAGUCCAAAUGGUUCCCGUGUGGCCAUGGACAGCCAAAACACUAACCUCAGUCAUCCGACUCAGUUGAAGGACCAGGGUGUUCCUGGUGGCCCUCAGCAAGCUCUGUCACCCGCCCAGUUACCCGAAGAAGCAGAGUGCCUGACGGUGCCCAAGUACAAGAGAGACCUGGUGCAGAAGCUGAAGAUCCUGCGGCAGGAACUGUCUCAGCAACAACCCCAGGCUGGCCACUGCCGCAUCGAAGUCUGCCGUGAGGAGAUAUUUGAGGAGUCGUACCGACAGGUGAUGAAGAUGCGUCCAAAGGAUCUCUGGAAAAGACUGAUGAUCAAAUUCAGAGGAGAGGAGGGACUGGACUAUGGCGGGGUAGCAAGGGAGUGGUUAUACCUGCUGUCCCAUGAGAUGCUGAACCCGUACUACGGCCUGUUCCAGUACUCCAGAGAUGACAUCUACACUCUACAGAUUAAUCCUGACUCUGCUGUCAACCCGGAGCAUCUGUCGUACUUCCACUUCGUGGGUCGUAUCAUGGGAAUGGCGGUGUUCCACGGCCACUACAUUGAUGGAGGUUUCACCCUGCCCUUCUACAAACAGCUGCUGGGAAAACCGAUCACGCUGGACGAUAUGGAGUCUGUCGAUCCUGACCUCCACAACAGCCUCGUCUGGAUUCUGGACAAUGACAUCACUGGCGUCCUGGAUCACACUUUCUGUGUAGAGCACAAUGCCUACGGAGAAAUCAUCCAACAUGAACUGAAACCCAAUGGCAAGAGUAUUCCUGUCACAGAGGACACCAAGAAGGAGUAUGUUAGGCUGUAUGUGAAUUGGCGUUUCCUGCAUGGCAUCGAGGCCCAGUUUCUGGCCCUGCAAAAAGGCUUCAAUGAGGUUAUCCCUGAGCACCUCCUCAAAGCCUUUGACGAGAAGGAGCUGGAGCUGAUUGUGUGUGGCCUGGGAAAGAUUGACAUCUCAGACUGGAAGUCCAACACCCGUCUGAAGCACUGCACCCCCGACAGCAACAUCGUCAAGUGGUUUUGGAAAGCCGUGGAGUCGUUUGACGAGGAGAGGAGGGCCCGACUACUGCAGUUUGUUACUGGCUCGUCCAGAGUCCCGCUGCAAGGCUUUAAAGCUUUACAGGGUGCUGCAGGGCCCAGACUCUUCACCAUUCAUCAGAUUGAUGCCAACACCAACAAUCUACCCAAAGCCCAUACCUGCUUCAAUCGGAUUGACAUUCCGCCCUACGAGAGCUACGACAAGCUGUACGACAAGCUGCUGACGGCGAUCGAGGAGACCUGCGGCUUUGCAGUGGAAUGAGAGACACGUUGGAGAGUGUGUUUGUGCGUGAACAUGUGUAACUGUGUGCAGGACUCUGAUAAGACUAUUACUGUCAGCACGACACGCCGACAGGCUCCUUCAGAGCCCGACACGUGCGUCUUUGACCAGCCCACAGUCUUCCUCUUCUCUCACCGCAGUCCACAUUCUUCUCUUCUUGAUAUCUGUUUGAACAGCUGCUAGAGAAUCAUCCCAUCCCUUUUUGUUUAUGUUUUUGUUUUCUUGAGGUGUAGUUCACAUGAAAUACAGAGAGUAAAUUAAGAGCUGCAGCAUUUCUUCAGACAUUUUUUUUUAUAUCUUUGUUUUUGUCGACUCCUUUUUGCAAUUAAAAAAGAAAGGGUGAAAAGACCUGCAGUGCCUGGUCAUUUCACUUGAAAUCUAAUCAAAUCAGGAAGCAGAUUAUCAACAUACAGCUCAAUAUCCUUUUCCGAAUUUAUCUGUGGCAUUUGAGAACAGUGAGUCACUAUUUUUGUUUUGCAAUUUGAACUGAUUGAAUUGAUCCUUGUCAUGCUACUGAAUCUUUAACAUUGCAGGUAGCCAUAACUUGCCCUAGAUAUUAGCCAUCGUAACCUCAACCAAUACACCUUCCAGUCCUCAUGGCGGCAGAGUUGGUGUGCUUCAUCUUGUAGGAGCGCCACAAAUCCAUCCUACCUCAGUGUAAUGCUUUGACAUUUGAAGGGUUUCAUUCCAAAAUGCUAUGUAUCAUUUUUUCUCUUCGUAAAAGUUGGUUUCUGAUGUCAUAUAAAUUCAGAGCAGAAAAUCUUUUGUUUUUACAGCCAUGCUCCAUUAUUAAUUCAGUUUUUAUACCAGCAGUCAUUUUGUAUCUGUAAAAACUGUAUCAUUUAAAUAGUGGAUAUAUCAUUUUGAAAUGGAACUCAUACAGACUGAUUUGGAUGUACAGUAGGUCUGAUGUUUUGUGGCGUUUUUGAGUCGAGCCUGUGGCGGUCGUUGAAAGAUGAGGGAAGGACUCUGGUAAAGAAGAAGGCAUAAAUCUUAUUUUCUCCCUGAGUCACUGCACACUGUGUAGCCACUCGCUCUUGUAAACGUGUGUGCCUGUGUGAUUCUGCAUGUGUACACAAAUGUACGUUCGUAUGCAAGGAAGGUAGACAAUUUGUAGAAGAGUUCCCCUUCAACUCUGCUAGCACAGCAUCCUGUACAUGUCGCCGCAAAGCUGAUCGAACUUCACUGUUUGAGCCUGGUUCGUCUUCCUUUUCUCUUAUUCGCACAUUUCUCUCCGGCAAUUACAAGUAUGCAUGUUUUUUGUUGUUUUUUUUUCCUCAUUCUAUACAACUCAGCGUUACUCAGCACACUUCCUGUCAGAUCAUAUGUGAAAAGGGCACAACUGUCCUCGGGACCAGGCUUGAUUAAAAAGCUUUUCAAGGCAAAUGUCUAUUUUCAGUCACAUCAGUUUAACAAGGCAGAAGUAUUUCUUUCUCUCUCUCUUGUCACUUUAGAGCACUUUACAAACUGAGCAGUGAUGGCAGGAGUGCUUUCUUCACAUUAGAUUAAAAUAUAUCAUGUUUCAUUUGCUAUACAACUACAUUAGAAAUAUACAGAGUAAAAAAGUAUCUAUACACCUGUAAUUUUUGAGUAUAUAUGUACAAAUACAUAGCUAUUUUGUAUAUUGUUGCUUGUUCUUUCUGUUCAGUUUAAAUGCAAGCAUGUUGGUGUCUGUCUCAGACCUCUUUGCAUUCUCAGGUGAAGUUGUCCUUUUGUUUUGUUUUAUUUUUUGUUAUUUUUAUUUUUACAUUUAUUAGGCUAGUAUGUGAGGAGGGGUAAAACUGGUAUUAAUGGAAAUUAUAUUUCAGAGGCCCUGUCUUAAAACCCAUCAUAGAGUGUAAAACAGCAGUUUAAAGUGAGAUGAUCUUUUGGUCAAUCACAUUCACUUUGACACACACACAUAUACCUUCACAGGAGAAACAAGAAACAAGAGAGGCCAUAUUUGCUGCUCUGGACACCUAUGUCAUCACUGUAUACCAAACAGCACAGACAGACAACCAUAUUAUAUCAUAUGCACAAGAGCAGUCUGUUCACAACAUGAUUUUUUUAAAGCGAGGAAAUAGGCCAAACAGUUGUCGGCAGACUCGUGUCCUCAGAGCUGCAAAUGUUGGCGAUGGACUGCUGCUGAACUCCUCCUGGGUGCUACACAGUGAAAAUGUUCAACCAAAAUGAAAAGUCACUAAAAACCAAGAGAGACAACAGUGAGGAACGUCUCUGUCACCAGAGCCUCCACCCCAAAAAAAAAAAACCAAACAAAAAACCUCUGCAUGAAUGGAUGCUCGAGCGAUCAAGCCUAUUUAUUUGCUUAAUUAUUACUCUUAGAAAACUUGUCAACUUGGAAAAAAUCAGUUAAGUGUUCUUUUUUAAAUAUGUAUUCUGCCUGCAUUUAUUUGCAACCACGAAGUUUGUCAGCUGAUUCAGAAAACUUUUUUUUUUAAAAACUUUGUGGUCAUCAUGUCACAAAAACAGACAGACAAAACACAUGAGGUUGAAAUAGUCGUCUUUGUACAGUUGCAGAGAAUUUAUUUGAUUUUACCUUUAAUAACCUGACUCAGAGGCAGAAAAGAAAUGCAUUACAAGUUUAUUUGCACACAUUAUGCAUACUUGGGCUCCAAGUUAUAAUCAGACACUUCCUUCUAUUUACCAAAUAGUUAAUGGACUGAUUUUUAUGUAGAUAACACACAUAUAUAUACACACACAUGUUCUUGAUAUGCACACACAUGUAUGUUUGUCCAGUGCACACAGUCCUCUUCUGCUCUUUGUUACUUUUUGUUGGCACCAAGUUUUCUGGCUGGUUCAGUCUUCAGUGCAGAAGUUGUGGGGGUCGAGUACUUCCAGACAAGGGGAAAUCACACUUCUCCCCAGUUAAGCAGCCAAAUUUGUCGCACCUCCUGUACAAUUUUGCAGGUUAUUGUUAACUUAAUCAAGCUCUGAAGGAAAGACAUUUUUGUCUACUCUGAUUAAUUGGAUUAAUCUACUUGAAUAAAUUUAGAGACAGUUCUGGACAAAAUUAUGUAUUGUAAUGAUGGUUGAAUUGAUCACAAACUAUAACAACAAUCUCCCCCCACACACUUUCAAGCACAAAUUUACAGUUAAAUGUGCAAAUUCGUGUGUGUGCGUGUGUAAAUGACUUUAGAUUGAAUUCAGUACAAAACAGAAAAUUCUUUUCUUUUAAACUGCACCAUGUUUUAUUUCUUUUGAUUCUCUGUUUUUGUAUUUAUUAUUACAGUAUACGUGUUCCUAGUUUUUCACAUCAGCUGCUCUGUGAGCUUGUAACUGACACCUGUACAUAAGGACAAUAAAGAAGCAAUGUAAUAAACUUCUUGUACCCUUGCAGAAAGCUGAGCAAUAAAACUAUGCUGUUUGGACCUCACAGCAUUAUGUUUUAUAGAA